AUGUUUGAGCUUUCAGAGCACCAUCAUAGGGUUUGCCAAAAGAACGGAUCAGUCAGUCCUCUGCCUCCCUUCAACGAUCCAAUCCAAACCAACCUUCUGCUCCUCAUUGAUCUCACGAUCUCCAUACUCGUGCUCAUUGAGGUGGAAACAGCGCUCAACUUCCGCCCUUUGCCUGCAGGAUCCGAUCGCCCGACCAGACCUCGUACCGCUCUUCCUCCUUUAUUUAGCCCCUCGCGCAGCGGCGCCUUUCCUGGUACAGACUCGGCAACCAUGUCGAACCUUUUCUCGGGAAUCAACGCCCGUUUCAGAGGGACGGCGGCUAAAGCCCCAGGUCAAAAGAGCCCUGUCACAACCAGCAGUGGACAACCCAGCUCUCCAACUGCUCUAUCUCAAGGCAGCCAAUCAUCCUCAAACCUUGCGGCUCCAAAGAUUCCUCCCCUUCCAAGCUCGCCAUCCUUGGCCAUGGACGACCCAUCUUUGGCUUCACCUGGCGGCGCCAACGGCGAUGAGGUUCUCAACUCUUAUCACCUCCCGCGCCCCAUGCCUCUGUGGUUGAACUCUUCCUACGCCAAGCACAUUGUCAAGGGAAAUUUCAUGACUCUGAGCGCCAGACCCAAAACCGUUGAUCCCGGUGAAUGGAUUGCCCACCAAGUUGUCGAGCAUUACCGCAACUUGUGGAACUUUGUUCGGGUCAUACAUGAAAAGGAAGAGGAUGGCACCACCAUCUGCAAUGCCACCACCUGCCCAAGGAUGUCCGCUGGAGCUAAUCACUCCUUCACUUGGCUGAACUUCAAGAGGGAGCCCGUCGAGCUUCCGGCCUAUGAGUACAUUACUCUCAUGCAACGCUGGAUCUCGGGCAAGAUUGACGACACCACCAUCUUCUCAACAGACUCCAACGGUGUCUCAUUUUCUCACAACCCUCAAAUAACCACGACCCCUCUCUCUCAGCUGAGCAGCCCUGGUGAUCGCGAUUGGGUCGGAAAGCGAAGUGGAUUCCCGGAAAACUUUCUCGAGGUCUGCCAGACCAUUUUCCGACAAAUGUUCCGAGUCUACGCCCACCUGUACUGGGCUCACUUUGUCGACCCCUUUUACCACCUCAACCUUGAGAAGCAGCUCAACAGUUGCUUUUCUCACUUUGUGCUCACCGCCUGCGCAUUGGAUAUGUUGAAGCCUCAGGAGCUCGAACCCAUGCAACCACUCAUUGAUCUCUGGGCCGCCAACGGCACAUUCCCUGCUGGAUCCAAGGCUUAUGACUACGCCAACCACAAGGCUGGUGAUAGAUUGAUGCAGCUUGGAAAUGCUUCCUGA